GCCUAAAGCUAUUCACAGCCUGCGGAAACUGACCAUGCCCAGAAGCGACACGAGCGAAGAAGACCUGCCAAUGGACAGUUAAAAGUGAGUUGCCUCGAGCCAAACGUCCCUCGACGCAGGAACGAGGCCAAUGUCUCUCAAGACACGCAGGUACAUGCACGGAUUGCUCUCAAGCCUACGUCCGCUUGAGGGGCUCCUGGCGCACGUCCACAUGCGGGCCUAGAUGAUCCACCUCGACACUCGUCCCCACGGACGAAGGCAGCAGCUUCUGCUUCUGCCUCUGCUUCUGACCUGAUCCGCAAGUUCUUCCGCGGAACUAAGCCAUAAGGCCACAGGGGAAGCAAUUCAUGAACUACCGCUGCUCGGGGCUGCAAUUGGCACAUUCUCUGAGAGGCAUGAGCAGGCACCGCUGUGCGAAAUGGGGAGUGGCGCAAUUGAGGACUCUGUGCGGUGGUGGACUGCCGGGGCACCAAUCUUCCGCCUUGCUGUCGACCAACAAGCAUGGAUGUGCGCAGGUAAGCAGUGAGUCUCGGGAGUCGAUCGUGGGAACUUAUGCGGUGAAAAGGAAAGAGCUCAUACCCGAGGCAAGUCCACCGAGUGAUCACGAUCUUCGAGACCUGUACCGAUUCGUCGAAGAGAGUCAAAACCUGGUGGUGGUCACCGGAGCAGGAAUCAGCACCGAGAGUGGAAUUCCCGACUACAGGAGUCCGAAUGGAGCUUACAGCAGUGGAUUCAAACCGAUCACUCACCAGGAAUUUCUGCGCACGGCUGCCACUCGAAGGAGGUACUGGGCCAGGAGCUAUGCAGGCUGGAGGCAAUUCAUGGCCGCCGAGCCCGGCCCGACUCAUCGAGCAUUGGCGCAGUUGGAAUCGAAGGGCCGAGUGAUGCGCAUUAUCACACAAAACGUCGAUCGAUUGCACCACAGAGCUGGGAGCACGAAUGCGAUCGAGCUGCACGGGACCACGCACAGAGUUUUCUGCCUCGGCUGUGGAGAAUUGACUGACAGGCACAAGUUCCAACAAAGGGUCUGUGACCUAAAUCCCGACUGGGCUGCUGCUGUAGAAGCUCUGGAGAAGGGAGAGCCCGGAAGCGAUGCCUCGUUCGGCAUGAAGCAGCGCCCGGACGGAGACAUUGAAAUCGACAGCAGAUUCUUCCAGGAGGAUUUCCUCGUCCCGGCUUGCGAGCAAUGUGGGGGCGUGUUGAAACCCGACGUGGUGUUCUUCGGAGACAAUGUACCUAAAGCAAGAGCAGAGGAAGCCAUGGAAUUGGUGAUGUCCAGUGAUGCUGUCCUGGCGGUAGGAUCAUCGUUGACGGUCAUGUCUGUCUUCCGGUUGAUCCGCGCCGCAAUUGAGCGAGGAUCCCCCGUGGGAAUUGUCAACAUUGGACCGACACGAGCCGACGAACUCGCCUCCUUGAAGAUCGAAGCUCGGAGUGGAGAGGUCCUGUCCAGAUUGCUGACCAUGGGCUCAUUAGCGAUUUGAUCCUGCACAAUGUGGACUUGGAAAGUCAUUUUUUGAAAGAUUUACAAACGAUGGAAUUCUUUCAGGGAGGUGUCCUCUCUACUGUAAUAAAGUGCCAGAUUUUCCCAAGGAUACUCUUCAACUCGGGAAGCAGUCACAACAGGAGCCUUGACACAACUGCUCCUCGAUUAGAAUCUCUUUCUCCGAGGAUUGCGGUUCUCUAAUCGACUACUCUAAGUCCUAGACGCGGAGUGGUGAUACGAGCAAAGAUUUGUCAUUGGGGAGUGAAGCCCACGUCUUCGGAGAGUUCCAUCUCCUUGACCCGGGGCAUGUAUAUGUACAUCUUACACAACAAAAGUGAACAGCAGGCGUGCCCUUUACUUCGAUACAAAUAAAUAAUUGCAGAGCAAUGGUUCAAAAACUCACCGUAACAUUUUGGAAAUUGAACUCUAGAAACUGCUCUCGAUGAUGAAAUUCGUAACAUUGGUCGAGGUGUUCAGACCGAUACUGGUAAGAAGUAAGGUAGAUGUAGAAAGGAAAAACGGCAGCACAUGGUUUCAGUCUCAUGCUCGAGGAUGUGAACACAUGUUACAAUAGAAGCUCCUUAGUGAGCGCCUCGUGAUAGGCUAUCAGGCCCACGUUUGAGUAAACCAAUGGGAGUGGUGAAGAUAGUUGCUUCCACUGCACUGAUCGUGGGCCUGCACGGCUACAAGUA